CUGAAAUCAUUUCUUGCAUCUUUAUUAUUAGUCUACAUCCCUUCAUGACCUCUCAUUUCCCUACCAUCCUCUCCCUCCUAGUUGAUUCGCCUUUUCUGUCAAGUCCCUAGCUACAGAUCAUUCACCCCAUUCCCCCAUCAGCCUAACCCCAAAUUUCCCCGCACUGUUAUCAUGCCAGUCUCCUCACAAUAUCCGCCGGUCGACAUCCCAAACGUCGACCUUUGGACGUUUCUAUUCGAGCGCAAAGAUAGAGCCUUUCCCGAUGAUAAAAUCAUCUACCAGGAUGCUGACACACAGCGUUACUACACCUACCAAGGUCUGAGAGAUGCGGCACUCGCCUUCGGGAUAGGGUUGAAAGCUGUUUAUGACUGGCGCAAAGGGGAUGUCCUAGCUCUGUUCACUCCCAACAGCAUUGAUACCCCAGCGGUGAUGUGGGGAACCCAUUGGGCUGGAGGUGUCGUAUCUCCGGCGAAUCCAGCCUAUACCACCGAGGAAUUGGCCUUUCAGCUGCAGAAUUCGGGCGCGAAAGCUGUAAUUACCCAGGUUCCUCAGCUACCGGUAGUCAAAGAGGCCGCCAAGCGAGCCAACAUCCCCGAGGACCGUAUCAUUCUCAUUGGGGACCAGCGCGACCCAGAAGCCAGGAUUAAACACUUUACGUCUGUACGAAACAUCUCGGGGGCGACCAGGUUUCGCAAAACUAAGAUCAACCCGGAGAAGGACUUGUCGUUCCUCGUCUAUUCCUCGGGUACUACCGGAGUUCCAAAAGGUGUUAUGCUUUCUCAUAAGAACAUCGUCGCCAACUCUCUUCAGUUAGCAGCCGGAGAAGCUGGGAACCUAACUUGGAAUGGAGGCCCCGAUGGAAAAGGAGACCGGCUGCUAGCGUUCCUGCCAUUUUUCCAUAUCUACGGCUUGACCUGUCUCGUUCACCAAACUCUGUACCAAGGCUACCAACUGGUUGUUAUGCAAAAAUUUGACAUUGAAAAAUGGUGUUCUCAUGUUCAGAAUUACCGUAUCACGUUUAGCUAUGUUGUGCCCCCGGUCGUUCUACUGUUGAGCAAGCACCCCAUUGUCGACAAAUAUGACCUAUCCAGCCUUCGUAUGAUGAACUCGGGUGCUGCCCCGCUCACACACGAACUUGUGGAGGCUGUGCACGCACGGAUUAAAUGCGGCAUUAAGCAAGGCUACGGUCUAAGCGAGACCAGCCCAACGACUCACACCCAGCCCUGGGAGGAGUGGCAGACAAGUAUUGGAUCUGUCGGUAAGCUGUUGCCGAACAUGGAAGCCAAGUACAUGACCAUGCCUGAAGAUGAAUCAGAGCCGCGCGAGGUGGCAGCCGGUGAGGUAGGGGAGCUGUACAUGAAAGGCCCCAACGUUUUCCAGGGAUAUCACAACAACCCAUCCGCAACCGCCGAUUGUCUUUCGUCCGAUGGAUGGUUCCGUACCGGAGAUGUAGGCUAUCAAGACAAGAACGGAAAUUUCUACAUCACGGAUCGUGUCAAAGAGCUCAUCAAGUACAAGGGCUUCCAGGUAGCCCCGGCAGAGCUAGAGGGAAUACUGGUAGAUCAUGAGGCAAUUGAUGAUGUCGCCGUUAUUGGUGUUGAAAGUGAAGCCCACGGCACUGAGGUGCCAGUCGCCUACAUUGUACGGAGUGCGAAGAGCAAGGCUUCAGGCAUUAGCGCAGAACAAGAGGCGGCAAACAUCAUCCAAUGGCUGGAUGGAAAAGUGGCGUACCACAAGCGACUCCGCGGCGGAGUACGCUUUAUAGAUGCAAUUCCUAAGAGUGUAAGUGGGAAGAUCUUGCGGAGAGUGCUUAAGCAGCAAGCCAAGGAGGAGGCAGCGGCACCCAAGGCCAAGCUAUGAUUGAAGUAGACCAAAUUUCGAUACAAAUGGGCAUCACGUAUAUAGGUACUAGUUCAUGCACCCUCCAUUAUACAGCCAAUAUCAGACAAAUCAUUAGGUCAAUUAAUCUUAAGCUGGCC